AUGGGUGUUCGUGGAUCCCACUGCUCUCAACCUUGUCUCAAAGUCCGCAAAUCCUGCGAUCACGUCGAUACCGACCAGUGUCAUGCGCCUUCUGCCUGCAACGAAGACAAGCCAUGUCAAGCCAAGACCUUUGUCACUUGCGAGUGCCAGCAUCGGAAGCAGGAAGUCAGAUGCCAGGCCUCAAAGUCGAACCCUUGGCCUGAACGCGCACCGCUCAAGUGCGAUGAUGAAUGUCUUCGUUUGCAGAGGAACGCAAAAUUAGCUGCAGCAUUGAAUAUUGAUCCGGCCACGCACACCGACGACCAUGUUCCCUACUCCGAGACGACUCUCAAGUUCUUUAGAGACAAUGCUAAAUGGGCACAAACUUAUGAAAGGGAAUUCCGCGUCUUUGCCUCGGACCCUUUGGAGAAGCGUCUUCGAUUCAAGCCCAUGAAGACGCAUUUGCGCGCAUUCCUGCACUCCUUGGCAGAGGAUUUCGGCCUCGAUAGCGAAUCUCAGGACCCCGAGCCACAUCGUCAUGUUGCCAUCUUCAAAACCCCUCGCUUCGUGUCCGCGCCGACCAAGACCCUCGGACAAUGUGUCAAGAUUAGAGCCGCAGAAUCCCAGGCCCAACAGGCGGCAGGUCCCAAUAUCAUUGUGCCCACUGAACCCUUCAACGCACUCAUCCUAUCGUCGCCCCAAUUUGGUCUCACCAUUGAGGAGCUCGAGUCCUCACUCAAGGCGGACUUGGCGACCCAGCCCAGCAUAUCGUUCACCACCAGCUUCCUUCCCUCGGACGAAAUUGUACUCCGCGGCACAGGCGCCUGGACGCCCCAGGCCCUUGAGGCGUCCGUCACGGCCCUCAAGCCCCUGGUCGCGCAGACCGUCAGCCGGCUCGGCUUCGCCAAGGUCGUGGCGCUGUGCCACGUCGAUACUUCGCUCAACGUUCUCCGCCGCGAGGCCGACCACGCCACUAAGAAUGCUGGGGGCUGGAAUACCGUGGCCGGAAGAUCUGCCGCGCGACCGGCCACCGUGGCACCGCCGGCGCCGGCGCCAGCCCGGGGCAAAUUUGUGGCGCUGCUCAAACCCAAGAAGAAGAAACAGGCAGAGGAGGACCCCGUCGAGGAUGACUGGGAGGCUGCUGCCGAAAGACUGGAGGUAGAAGAGUAA